AUGAUUCUUCGCGUCAAAGGAUGUGACCAUGCUUCAGACUAUGAACUCGCCCUUCUCGACCUCAUCCCUAACGCUGGUCUUGAGUGGAAGGGAAGCCCCAACGACUUGAAUGCUGCAUAUGCUGCAGACGGCUAUUCUCGCAUUAGCAACGGCAUUGGCGCCCUCGUGACAACAUACGGUCCUGGCGAGCGCUCUGCCCUUUGUAGCAUUGCUGGAGCUUAUUGCGAAUAUGUGCCAGUGUUGCAUAUCGUAGGUUAUCCGUCCGUGGAGACCAUGAAGGCUCACAAGAUCAUGCAUCACUCCCUUGGGUACAAGAACAAGGCGUACCAGGUGCGAACAUGCAAGGAAUGGGACGAUCUUUUGAGGGAAAAGACUCUUGACGAAGCCUCGUGUGCCCAGCUGGUAUACAUAUGUAACAUGCAUCGCGUUAUGCGCCUCGAAGAGCUGGUGUUGGACUCUAUACUGGUUGAUGAGCAACAGCGAUAUCCUCGGGAUACUCAUGUCGACCCUUCAACGUCGAUUGUGGCAGCAAGUGCAAGACUGUCAGCCAUGGACAUGGUUCCCCCUGUCAGGAUAUUCAUUGUACCGUGA